AUGGACCUCAGAACUGCAAAACGUCUUAAGGCCCCGACCAGAUGGGCUGACGUGUUCGUUGCACGGAUGGAUCAGCUGAAACUUCUAGUGGCAGAUAACGGAUGUGGACCUCGCGAACGUCGUCACCGUAGCUCAGUACCAACAUCGUUGAUUACGCUAGUAAGAGGGACAAACGGAUAGAA